AUGGCAUUGGAUAGCAACCGCUGGUGCUCUCUGAAUGGUCGGAUUCGGAUUGGGCCUGCUGGUGAGAAGCUUGAUGCGAUUGGUCGAGGAUGGCAGAUGGCUGUGGUUCGUGAAAGGCCGGGUCCCAUUGGAUGGCUGACAAGAGGUUUUUUAAAUUUUAAAUUUGGCCGCCGUUGGGCUCUGGUCGCGCCGCUGCGUUCAGUCAUGCUCAGGUUGAGUCAGCGUCGCAGGAAGUGGAAGAUCAUGAGAAAACGGCAAACUAUGGAAAAAGCAUGGAAUAAUAGUAAGCGACGUCUGCUUGCAAAAAACAAAAGGAAUGUCUACAAGACGAAGCCAACUGCUGCUGAAACAGCAGGGAAGAAAGAAGCACCAGUGUCUAAUAGCAACUCCUCCCAGCAUGAACCAGUUCCUAUUGGGCUCGUUUCUUUAGUGAGUGUGAGGAAUGUGCUGAAUCCUCUUAAAGCUGUAGUUUCGUCCUUGUGCAAUUGGUGGCUGAACAACAUUAAUCAGGGUUUAGAAAUAAUGAAAGACAUUUUAUUUCCUUCUCGUGUUUACUUACGGGAACUGAAUGCACUACGACAACAUAUUGAGGCACUUGAGAUGAAGCUAGUACAACUGCAAGAAAUCUGCAAUGUAAACUUGGAGUCUAAUAAUUCAAAAGAUUCAUGUUCCUAUCGAAAAUAUGUUGAUUUCUCUCCAGGCCCCACAAAAAUACCAGUGUGGCCAGUCCAGCCAAUCAUGAGUCGUACCUUACCACAAAAACCAUUUGGAGCCCUUCCUCCCCAGCCUCCACCUCCACCACCCCCUCCUCCAUUACCACCACCUUCUGUGUUUGUGCAGAAACCACUGCAGAUUCAGCGGAAAACUAGGAGUGAAAAUUCUUUGCAAGCGCUGUCUAAGGAAAUUAACAGACCACUGUCCAUAACUAUGAAAGAUUUGAUUAAUGUAAAACUAAGGAAGACUACAGACGGAUUUGAAAUAAAAAAGACUGAUCCUGAGAGGAUAGGUGGAUCAUUAUCUGUGACGGUAAAGGAUUUACUUGAAGUGAAACUGAGGAAGACGCAGAACAAAGUAAAUGAACUAGAGAUGAAUACACCAGAAAAGAAAAGGUCUCCUUUAGUCACAAUUUCUGAUCUACAAGGCUUUAAUUUCCAGACAAAAGCUAACCAACUACAGAAACCAGCAAAAAUGAUGAACAGUCCACAUAAACCUGUGGUCAAUUUUCGGCAACGUCUAAAGAAGGUUGCUAUAGAAAGAAGCCCUGGUGGCACACCUCUUCAUAAAGAGAACCGGGACACUGGAACAGGACUAACACCAGUUAUGACACAAGCACUAAAACGGAAAUUUAAGAUGGCCCAUCCCAAAAGUCCUCCUUGCUCCUUGACUCCGAACACCAGCUUUGAUGAGUAAAACUCAAGCUAAUUUGGAGCAAUGUAUUUAGUUCUAAAACUGCAACUUUUAACAUUGAUGUCCUUAAUCUAAUUGCCUUUUGGACACUAUCCCCUGAGAGCAAGUCUGCAACCUCAAGACUAGGAAAAGGAUUGAGCCAAUUUAAGACACAUUAUAAAUGGUCCAACAUUUUAAUUGUUUCUUAUUGACAAAUAACUAAAUUUCAGCACCAAAUACAUAUUUAUAUGGUAAUCAUUAAUUGCCUGACCUGUGAUACUGUCAUCUGUUUAUAUAACUCUGCUUUCAAUUUUUU